UUUGUUUAUUGUGACGUUCUCGUGGCAGAAAGUGUUCCGUGGCUUCCGUCCAAAGGUGACUGAACGUGGACACGUUCCCGCGCAAGAAAUUCGCUCGAAUGAACCGUAUCCGCCGGAACAGCCCGUAGAAAUAACGCGGUCGGUCUUCUUGACAGUUCUGUCUCGUGUUUCAUGCAGCAGUAGCCACUCGAGUGCCGUGAGAAGUGUAGUUUCCAUCGCCACUUAGCUGACUUUCUCGGAGCAUCGGCGAUCCUAAUGAUAUCGUGUAUGCGAUAGAACGAUACGAAAGGAGCCUUUGUCGACACGGGGACGGCGACCCCACACUCGUCACCACUUUUUUUUCUCUUUCUCUCCCUCACCCCUUUCUGGAGGACACGCGCAUCGAAAGCGAUCGAGGUAAGAUGGCGGAGGAUGGCGCAGGGGGAUCAGGAAACGGGAGCACGGGAGAAGCGAGCCGGUUGCAGCUUUUGCAAGAAAUGCGACAGCAGAAUUUCGACAGCAUUCGGUUCGCAUCGUAUCGCACCGCCUGCAAGCUGAGAUUCAUUCAGAAGAAGGUUCACCUGCAUAACGUGGACAUAUGGAAUGUAAUUGAGGCGUUUCGAGAAAAUGGUUUGAACACAUUGGAACCGUCGAGCACGUUGGGCGUAUCGAGACUCGAAACGUUACUAUCCUCCUUAUUUCACGCCCUUAAUAAACGAGUGCCUGUUUCGCAACAAGCCAAAGUCGACGCCACAACGGCCCUGCUGAUGAAUUGGCUGCUAGCUGCAUACACUACAGGGGAAAACAAUAAAAUAUCCGUAUUCUCGGUGAAAGUUGCUUUAGCUACACUAUGUGCUGGGAAGUUGAUGGACAAGUUCCGAUAUAUACAUUCACAAAUAUCGGACAGUAAUGGCCACAUGAUCCAUUGGAGGUUCGCCGAAUAUUUGAAAGAAGUCCUAGCGUUAACGGCUGCGGUUUACGAGUCUCCGUCUUUCUGCUACACCGAGGGUCUCGCCAAUUCAAUAUUUCUUCAAAACUUAAAAAUUACGGUCAACGAUUUUUUGGAUACGCUUAUGUCUGACCCAGGGCCACAUUGCUUAAUCUGGCUUCCCCUGUACCAUAGAAUGGCCGCUGUUGAAAACGUGGCUCAUCCCGUCAUGUGCGACGUGUGUCAUAAAGAGAACUUCACCGGCUUCCGAUACAGGUGUCAGAAGUGCCACUCGUAUCAGCUUUGCCAAGACUGUUUUUGGCGUGGUAAAGUUUCUGGGACACAUAAUAAUGAUCAUGAGACAAGGGAGUACAGUAGUUUUAAAUCGCCGAGCAAGCAAAUUGGACAUUCCUUGCGAAAAAGCUUCAGAUGUGUACCUGAAAAAGGGAAAAACAGUUUACCACGAUUUCCUGAACAACCUGAGAAAACCUUAGAUUUGUCUCAUAUAGUCCCACCGUCACCUUUACCAUCUCACAACGGUUUUCCAGAUCCAGGGUUUAUGGCUCCCUUUGAUUCUGGAUCAAUGGACAGCCGUUCUACAUUAAGGAGUAUGGAUAGUUCAAGACUGGAUGAUGAACAUAAAUUAAUAGCACGAUACGCACAAAGGUUGGCUCAGGAAGUUAGAACCAUGCCUCGAGCCGCAUCCAGAAUGUCGCAAGCUGACCAAGCAGGUAGGGCGCCGUCUGACGCAAAUUUGGCAUCGUUAGAUGCCUCAAGAACGCAACGCGAACUUAUAUCGCAAUUAGAGGCAAAAAACAAGGAAAUAAUACGCGAGAUUGCAAGGUUAAGGAGACAACAAGAGAUAGAAGCUGCCGGUUUAGAAAAUCCUGCGCUAAUGUCAGAGUUGCGGGCUUUAAGACAAAGGAAAGAUGAGCUUGAAACUCAUUUAGCCACCUUACAAGAUUCUCGAAGGCAAUUAAUGGUACAACUAGAAGGUUUAAUGAAAAUGUUGAAGAAUCAUCAGGCAUCUCCAAGAUCAACACCAAAUAGUUCACCACGCAGUACAAAAUCACCGCCUUUACCACCUGGUGCUGUGUCAAGUAGUAGGUCAGCUCCUCCGACUCCAGGCGGUCCAUUAUCUACGACUCCACAGCAACAACAGCAACAAUCGCAGAAUCAACAGCAGAUGUCUCAGAGCUAUCAAAAUCCAGUCCCAACGACAUCCGUGGCGAAUGUUCCCAGUAAUGCUAUGCUUGGAACAAUACAAAAUCCUAUUCCAGAUAACUUAUCAUGUGUUGGAGGUGAUGUAAGGUCUGCGUUCAGGACAAACAGCUUACCAGGAAGCGGUUCCAGCAGCGCGAAUAAUAGCUUGGGCCGGUCUUUGCGCAAUGACUUGUUGGUAGCUGCUGACAGUGUUACUAAUGCCAUGUCAACACUUGUGAGGGAAUUGAAUUCAGACUCAGACCAGGAGGAUCAUUCUCACAACUCUGGCCGUCUUAACAUCAGAAAGCCGUUAGACUUCGAGGCUGGUGAAGAUGGUGAUGAUAGCAGCGGUGGUGGAAAUUCUUGGAGGGAAGAACUACAACGUCGCUAUCAGCAGGGAAAACCAUCAGCUACCCCAUCCAGUGAACAAGAGCAAGAAAGAGGAGAGAGAGAAGAAGCAGAUGGAGAAAAAAAGGAAGAUAAUGAAUCCAACUGGACAGAACCAGUGAAGAGAUGGGUCAAUCGAUAAGUUUAUUAGAAGGCAUUUAUACAUACUUUAUAACAGCUUAGAAACUACUACCAAAUGAAACGCAAAUAAAUUACUGUAGCUCCAUGGGUUACUUACGAUGGGCAUAUAUCUGAGUGUUAGUGUGAAAUAUAAUACAAAUAUUAGACUUUGGACAGUAUUUAAACCUUGCAUUU